CCAUAUUACUACCAUAUAAUUUUUUUUACUUUUGUAGAGACGCUCUCCUAGUCUGCGUUCUGACUCUUCUUUAGAACAGAGCUUAAGGAUCACUGUUGGCAAUGACCACUUCUGUGUUAGCACACCAGAACGUCGUCGGCUUAGUGAUCGGCUGGGGUCACCAGUGGAUAAUCUGGAGGACAUGGACAGGGAUGACUUGACUGAUGAUUCUGUCUUCACUCGAAGCUCCCAAUGUUCUCGGGGUCUCGAGCGAUAUAUUUCCCGGGAAGAGGGGCCUCUUAGUCCCUUCUUGGGACAACUUGAUGAGGACUACCGAACAAGAGAAACUUUCCUUCACCGAUCUGAGUAUAGUCCCCAUGUCAGUUGUCAUGAUGAACUGUUGCGGGGAACAGAACGAAAUAGAGACAAACUCAAAGGCUCCUACUCUAUGCGAGCUGAGGAAAGGAACCGAGAGGCCAAAAGGCCCCGUUAUGAUGACACAGAGAAGAUACACAGCAUGGGAGGGGAUCACCCAAGUUUUACAUCAGGGACACGCAACUAUCGACAGCGUAGAAGAAGCCCAAGUCCUAGGUUUCUAGACCCUGAGUUUCGAGAGCUGGACCUUGCCAGGAGAAAGCGAGAGGAAGAGGAGGAACGAAGCAGGAGCUUGAGUCAGGAGCUGGUGGGAGUUGAUGGUGAUGGCACUAGCUGUUCCAUUCCUGGACUGUCAGGUGUCCUAACAGCAUCAGAGCCAGGAUAUUCUUUGCAUCGGCCUGAGGAAGUGUCUCUGAUGCCUAAGAAGUCCAUUCUGAAGAAGCGGAUUGAGGUGGACAUGGAGCCUUCUGUGCAGCUUGAGAGUUUUUCCAGUAGUACCAGCUCCAACCAGGAUCACACUCUUUACUCUGGACACUCAUCCCUUCCACUAAGUGGUGCUAUUGCUGCUUUUGCCUCAGAGAUUGAAAACAAGGGAACUACAGUGGAGACUGCCCUGAAGGAACCUCCAGGCAAUCUCUACCAAUGGGGUACCCUCCCUGGGCUGCCUAAAGACAGCAGUCCUCUAAGAGAAAAGUUCGGAAGUUUUCUGUGUCGCAAGGAGAAAUUGGAUUUGAAAUCUGAGGGACCUGAGCGACACACAGAUUUGUUACUCCCCCAUGAGAGAGCUAGCCAGGAUGGCAGUGGUUUCUCCCGCAUUCUGAGCAUGUUGGCUGAUUCUACCAGUACACAGGAAAAAAGGCGACGAAGCUUUCCUGACAUUGAGGAUGAGGAGAAAUUUCUCUAUGGGGAUGAGGAAGAGGAUUUAAAGGUAGAAUCUCCACCAAAGACCCUUGGGAGUUCUGAGAGUGAAGUUGUGAGGCAGGAGGCAAGCUCCCUAUCCUCUUCACCUCCAGCUAUAAAACUAGAAUCGCUGGAAGAUACCAAUCCAGAAUAUGCCAAGAUUCAUGAUUUGCUGAAGACCAUAGGGCUGGAUAUUGGAGUAGCAGAGAUUAGUAAAUUGGCUGCACGCACCCAGGAACGGCUUCAUGGCAAAAAGCCAUCAUCACGCUCCUCAGCUGACCGCCGUUCCUCUGUUGACAGACAUUUUUCAACUGACCGCUCCUCAGUGGAUCAUCGUUUCUCAGCUGAUCGGCGCUCCUCAGAUCCCCACAGAUUAGAGAGCAGGGAGGCACACCAUAGCAAUACCCACUCCCCAGAAGUGUCCCAUCCACACCCAGCCUCCCCUGUGGAUCCUUACCUGCUCACAAAAAAUAGCCCUCCAUUCCUAAAAUCUGACCAUCCAGUGGGUCGUAUUUCAGGACCAGAAGUGGUUGGCAGUGGGUUUCAGUCAUCUGUUGCAGUCAGGUGCAUGCUACCAUCAGCCCCAUCUACCCCAAUUAGACUUUCACACUCUGCUUCUUUAUCUCAGUUUCAUAUGCCAAGGACUUCCCAGUUUGCUGCGGCUCGAAUACCUCCAAACUACCAGGGACCUGCCAUUCCCCCUGCCUCCUUUGAUGCCUAUAGGCACUACAUGGCAUAUGCAGCUUCAAGAUGGCCCAUGUACCCUGCCUCUCAACCAUCAAACCACCCUGUACCUGAACCCCAUAGAAUAAUGCCAGUAACUAAACAAGCUACUCGGAGCCGUCCCAAUCUCCGUGUGAUCCCCACCGUGACUCCUGAUGAACCCAAACAGGAGGAGUCAGUGCUAGGCCCAGUUCCUACUGCCCAAGUGCCUGUCCAGGUGUCUAUCCCAUCACUCAUAAGAUACAAUCCAGAGAAGAUCUCUGAUGAAAAGAACCGUGCUUCCCAGAAGCAGAAGGUUAUUGAAGAGAGGGAAAAACUAAAGAGUGACCGGGAGGCCCGCCAGAAAAAAAUGUACUAUCUCAGGACUGAGUUGGAGCGGCUUCAUAAACAACAAGGGGAAAUGCUGCGCAAGAAACGAAGGGAGAAGGAUGGUCACAAAGACCCACUUCUGGUGGAGGUGAGUCGGCUUCAGGACAACAUCAUGAAGGACAUUGCAGAGCUACGACAAGAGGCAGAAGAGGCAGAAAAGAAGCAAUCUGAACUGGACAAAGUGGCUCAGAUCUUGGGAAUUAACAUUUUUGAUAAAUCCCAGAAAUCUUAUAACGAUAGUAAAGAGCCUACAGAAAAGGCUGGCAAAGCAGAAAAAUCUAAGAGCCCAGAAAAAUUGUUGUCAUCCUCAAGCUCUUCCUCCAACAAUAAGGAAUCAAAAGUAAGCAAUGAGAAGUCCCGCAUUAAGAGCCCUAAGCCUGCUGAAAGCCCCCAGCCAGCUGCUAAGCAGUCUGAUCAGCCCAUUGCUGCUUAUGAGUAUUAUGAUGCUGGCAAUCACUGGUGCAAAGACUGCAAUACCAUCUGUGGGACCAUGUUUGACUUCUUCACUCAUAUGCACAAUAAGAAGCACACACAGACACUGGAUCCCUACAACAGACCUUGGGCUUCAAAGACCCAGAGUGAGGCCAAGCAAGAUGCUGUAAAACGCACUGACAAGAUAACUGUUCCUGCAAAAGGCUCUGAGUUUCUGAUUCCUAUCACUGGGUUUUAUUGCCAGCUUUGUGAGGAAUUUUUGGGGGACCCAAUUUCUGGAGAGCAACAUGUGAAGGGUCACCAACACAAUGAGAAAUACAAGAAAUAUGUGGAUGAAAACCCAUUGUAUGAAGAACGGCGGAAUCUGGACCGCCAAGCUGGAUUGGCUGUGGUUCUAGAGACAGAACGGCGACGGCAAAAUGAGCUAAAGCGCAAACUUAGUGAGAAACCAAAGGAAGAAAGGAAAGAAAAAAAGGCAAAAGUUGUGAAAGAAGCAAAGGAAGACGAUAAGGUCUCUGUGGAAUUAGAAGACCAGCUCCCUGAGGAUGGGAACUCCCCUGAAAAAGCUGAAAAUAAAAAAAGUUCUAGCAUCAAACUCCAGUUAAAAGAAGAGGUAAAGAAGGAAUCACCAACAUCAUCGUCUUUUGGGAAAUUCAGUUGGAAGAAGCCAGAAAAAGAAGAGGAAAAAAGUUCAGUAGUAGCCUCAAGUAUCCUUAAGGAAGAGAUUAUGGAAAGCAGUAAGGACAAAGAAGAUGGCAAAGCUGAAGCUGGGAAGGCAAAACCCAUCAAAAUUAAGCUCUCUGGGAAAACUGUUGUUGCACAUACCAGCCCCUGGAUGCCUGUUGUGACAACUUCAACACAGACUAAGAUCCGACCCAACCUGCCUAUUCCAUCCACGGUACUCCGCAAAUCAGGUUCAGCUACAGUGAGCAAGCCUGCUCCACUUAAUACCUUUCUGUCUAUCAAGUCCUCUGGAACCACUGCUAAACCUCUGCCAGUAGUUAAAGAAUCUUCAGCUGAUCUCCUUUUGCCUCCAGACAUUAUCUCUAAAGCUUUUGGAGGAGAAGAGGUGAUUCUAAAAGGAUCUCCAGAGGAAAAAAUGGUGCUGACUGAAAAGAUUGAGCCAUCUCAUAUACCUGAGCAAAUGUUGCCACCUCCUCCACCUCCACCACCACCACCACCACCACCUCCACCUCCACCUCCCCCAGUUAUACCUCAUCCAGCUGCUUCAUCUCCUGCCCAAGCAAAUGCUGUCUUGGCUCCCUUAAAAUCAAACUCAUUUAUAUCUCAGACUCUAAGUCCUGGCUUUCUGGGUCCUAACAUUUUGAACCCAGUGUUGCCUGUAGCCAUUAUAGCCUCAGCACAGCCAGCUGCCAUUCCUUCUGAUGAGACAGCUCCUGGGGUGAGUGAGAGUGACCAAGACCAAGCCCUAUUCUCUGUGUUGGUACGUCCUCCACCCCCCCUCUCAAGUGUGUUCAGUGAACAAGCCAAAAAAUUGGAGAAACGAAAUUCAUGUUUAGCUACAGCCAAUGCUAAGGACCUGUAUGACAUAUUCUACAGUAGUGGUGGAAAGGGGACCCCUGAGACCAAGUUGAGUGGUGGUUCAUUGACCAAUGGGGAAAAUAGCAACCUUUCUAAAACUGAAAGUUCAGAUUCUACUUCUACUUCUGCUUUGAACAGCAGUGCCUCCCAAGAGGGUUUGGUCACUGCUUCUAUUGUCAACAACACUGAAAAUCCCAUUGCAAAAACUCUGGUGUCGGUAGGGAAGUGGUCAGCUGUAGAACAAGCAGACCCCCAAAACAGAGGUAAUAGCUAUGGCUUCUUACAGCCUCUGACAAGAUUGUGCCAAAACAGGCCUUAUGAAACUAUUACCCCAAAGACAGAUACUUUGGCCAUGUGGACUUCUAGCUCCUUCCAGAGUGACACUGAUAGGGAUGUAUAUCCAGAGUGGAAAAUCAAUCUUGACCUAGAAGAGCCAGGGCCACCUGAAAUAGACCCAGCUCCUCAACUGUCAGAUACACACUGCCAUACCAAGACAUCUCGGAAGUUGAUAAAAAUUCACCUCAGAGAUUCUGGUAACAAAGAUAAGGAAAGCCAGGAGUUUUACCAAACUGAAGAUUGUGGAGAAGGUGUGAUAGAGUCAAACAGUGAACUAAAAGGAAGGGUAACAGUUGAAGAGGGAGCAAGUGCCAACAUUGAGUCCCACAGCAUAGAAGACUCUAAUUUGAACCAUGGGAGUAGCUAUAUCCAAGAGGGAGAAGUAGAGCAGCCCAAUUUGUUACUGAUUGACAAAGAGGCUGAACAGUCUAAGAAAUUGAUGACAGGACAUGAAACUCUAAGUAAAGUAGUAAUUGAAGUAAGUGCACAGACUCUGUCUUCCACAAAAUCAAAAAUAGAUUCUUUUCCAUCAGAAACUAGAUCUUUACUCCAGAAUCCACAAGAUACACCUGGAAAAAUUUCUGCCCCAGAAUUGCUGCUUCAGUCCCCUGUCAGGUCAAAUAUGUAUUUAUCAGAUAGUCACCAGGAGCAAGGAGUUUCAGCUGGUAGUGAAGAGUGGUUAGAAAAUUCAGCUCCAGGUGCAGUUUCCAGAGCUUCUAGGUGCAGAAGCCUCAAACUCAAGAGAGAAAGAUCAAAAGAUUUUCAAGGUAAAAUAAUCUGUGAUCUGCCUAUUUGGGAUGAGAACAAGAAAAGACCAGAGAUGUGGGAGAGCCCAGAGAAACCAGAAGUAGAAGCUGUGGAGCUGCAGGAUGUCCAUCCAGAAUUAACAGUAACAAUAGAAAGCAAUACCUUAGAAGACUUUGAAGCUAAGAAUUUAAAGGUAGAGAAGCUUGCUGUCCUGGGAAAUCUGGGGAAUAUGCAUGUUGAUUUCUGCAAUUCUCGGGUAGACCCAGCACAUAGAUCCCCAACUGCCCUAUCUCAAAAAAUAUGUGAAGAAAAUUCUGUAUCACUCACAGGGUGUAAUCCCUCUAUCCCCAGUGACUUUGAACCAAUCCCAUCUUUUUCUGGGUUUCCAUUAGAUUCUCACAAAACCUUGGUGCUUAACUUUGAGACAGAAACUGAAUAUAAUUCAUCUAAUCCCAGAAGUGGGAAGAUCACUUCUAACAUUUUGAAAACUGGUUUUCCUAUAGAAAAUGUUGACCAUGGCUUGAGCCUAGAGGGAACACAUCAGGCCCUUGAUCUCUUGGCAGGAGGAAUGUUGCCUGAGGAGGCAGAAGAAACUUCCCAAUUACAGAAGCAAGAGUCACUCAGAUUGGAAUCAAAAACAAUUAGUCCUGCAGGCCUUGGACCAUCUCCUUGCCUUCCAGACCUUGUUGACUUUGUCACACGGACAUCUGGAGUUGGAAAAGAGAAGAUAUGUUCUCCCCUCUCUGAUCCCGAUGACCCUCCUAAGCAUAGAUCCCUGGAGAUGGGACCACUACAGCUAGAAAUUCCGAAAGUAUCCAUCACAGAGGUAGCAGCUUCUCAAAUAAAUGAGGACAAUGAGAGCCCUUUGAAUUUGGCAAAAACUCCAACUUCAGCAUCCCCUUCAAGGGAGCAGGUAGUUGGAGGUACUCAGGAAAUGUCUGAACAAGAAACUGUAGUUGAUGCCAUCCAGGACCACACAAAAUCCAGUGUUCAUGACUAAGAAUGAACCACCCAAGGCUGCUUGUGGAUGAAUCAAAUUGGCUUCUAGAAAUCAGAUGCCCACAUGAUCCAGGACUAAUUGGCAAUCUCAUCUGGAACCUACACCAAGAGUCGGCAACUUACAGUAAAUGUUUAUGGGAAUUAAAAAAUUUACCUCCUUUCCUUCCCCACCCCUUAAAAUACUGGACAAAUCAAGCAUUAACAUCUAUACAUACCUGUAAAAAAGUAUUUUCUGUUAAUUUUUGUUCUUUUUGGUCAAAUUGUUUCUCCUACUUUGUCAUUAAAGUCAAAUGUCUAUCCUGGCUCACCACAUAGUGUGCUUUGAUUGUAUUUUGGCUUUGACACUGCCAUUUCUGGAAUGUGGGGGAGGAGGGAAACAAAGCUGACUUCUCCAAAUGUUGUGUUGUAUUCCCACCCAAUAUCUGGGCAGCUGAUGAAUCUCUGGGAGAAACACCAGAGUUUGCUGAAAUGGAAAACUUCUACUGAUGAAGGAAGAAUUGUUCAUCUCUUAGGCUUCCAUUUCGAUGGGCCUGCCUUAUCAUUGUUUGAAAUGCAGCGUGAGUAGCCCUUUUGUUUACUGUCUACUUCCCUAAUUGGCAUGUCAAUUCCCAUGUUUCCCUUACUCUGUUGCCUUUGCUUGAGAUGGUCCUGCUAACCCACAAACUUGUUUGGAAAUGGCCACAGUAAACAGAAGAAAAUCUGGCAGACUCACUUUGAAGAUGACAAAUCAACAAUUGGGUAAGGCUUAUUCAUGGUUCAGUGCCAGGAGCAGAUGUUAUUGGGGUUUGCUGGAAAUGGCCUUUGCUUAUUGUAUUGUGAUCCAAUAAAUCUGUAUUAAAUUGUUUAGCAGCCAUUUCUGUUCUGAAGAGGUAGAAGAUCUGAAACUUGUCUUGGGAUUGGACUCAUUCUCUGUUCUACAAAACUAUAUGUAUCCCUUUCUCUACCUCUCCCUUUCCCAAGUUAUUUCCACCAUAGUGUGAUGUUUUGGGUUGUACAUUUUGUUAAAAAGAUUAAAGGAUUUAUGAGUUGGCUUGGACAAGUUUAAUUUUAUUUUUAAUGUGUUAAUUUCUUGGAAUAAAUAUGCAUUAAUCUCA